AUGGGAGCCGUUUGUCGCUGUAACCAAGGUGGUCGCACUGUGUACAUGAAGUCUUUUGUUGAAGAUUACCGUACUGAGCAUAUUACAGAAGGAACUCUAUCAUUUGAUUCUUUGACAUGUUACACCAAGAAUACUACUUUCUUUGCACCAUUUAAUACUCUCACUCUCUUGUUGAAUAAUAGUCACCUUGCAAUGAAAGCUGCAAAAGACAUAAUAGUGGGAGCUGCAUUACGUGAUGAUGAUGACUAUACCUCAAAACAUCUUUUUAACAUCGAGUCAGCUCUGUCAACUACGAAUGGUGCAUAUGAUAAACUAAUUUCUAUUAUGAGGAGGCAACGUGUUCAUGCUGUUGUUGGGGUUGUAACGGAGACGAUGUUGGAUAUCAGGAAUGUGACCUUCAUUGAUCCACUGUUCCUACAGCCGCGGCUGAACAAGUUCAGGAGGCACGUGAUCCACCUGUCACCCACAGUGGAGCAGGAGCUGUUCGUGCUUGCGCAGUACCUCGGGAACACGAGUGAUGCCUCUGCUGCCGCUGUGAUCCGCUGCGAUGAGGCGGCUGCGGUUGAGGAUGUGCUGCGGCGGUCGCUGGUGACGUUUGGCGGGUCGCUGCAGUCGUCGGCGCUGCUGGCUGAUGGCGACUCGCUGGUGGGCCGUCUGCCGUCGAGUGGCAACGUGUUCGUGGUGGGCCUUGCGGAUGGCGAUGCCGCUGUGAUU